AUGGCGACCUCGCCAUCAACUCCAACCCCGACCAGGGCUACCUUCAGCCAGCGUCCUCUGCCAACCUCGCCAUUCCCCCAGGCAGUCCAGAUCCCCGAGAGCAUCGAAGAGAACAAGGAGAUGCAGCACUCUGACAGAAAGUCUCGGGGCGACUCGGAAGAUGCUGACAUGGACGAGGACGGUCACGGAUCUGACGGCUCCGACGACGAGAGUGUCAAUGCCGACGGCACUCGGUCUGGCAAGAAGAAGAAGUCGCAGCGGUUUUAUUGUACAGACUAUCCGCCUUGUAACCUCAGCUUCACUCGCAGCGAACAUUUAGCGAGACAUAUCAGGAAACAUACCGGAGAGCGACCAUUUCAAUGUCAUUGCUCACGGAGGUUCUCACGGCUUGAUAAUUUACGUCAGCAUGCCCAGACGGUGCAUGUGAAUGAGGACAUUCCUAUCGACUCGUUGGCAGCCACUGGCACACGGUUUCAGCGACAAAUCCGCACAGACAGAGUUCGCCAACCUGGGAGAGCUCGUGCAUCUACUGCAGGGAGCAUUGGUGGUCCGGGCCGCGGCCACACCAAGUCCCUCUCGACUUCAAACAUUGGUUCCCUGGGAUCUGCCUUCAGCACACGUGAAGAUGUCCGGCGCAGGCCACCACCGCUUGUCAUGGCUGAUCCUCGUUCCUCGCGGCUUUCUUUUGAACCACAUCCCUCUGGCCCCCCGGAUGCUGCCUACGGAUACCGGCCUGUUUCGCCAAGUGAGUUUAGUACUCCCACAUCUGCCACAUUUUCCACUGGUCAGAGCAGUCCACGAUGGGCCUCUACCGUCGCUUCGCCGCCAUCAUCCCAUUCGAGGGCUCACAGCAUGUACACGCCAGGAAGCCGGACCCCUGGUCGCCGUCUGAGUGUCCCUUCCAGUGGAGGAAUUCCUUUCCAGUCACCCCAUGGAGCUUCCAUCGGCCGUCCGUUGUUUGGCCCUGGUCAACAUAACAGUUCUCAUUCGGCUGUAUUCUCUCCGUCCAGCAGUACGAUGGCAUCGCCCACUACCUCUACCUUCUCUCGGCGUGACUCUAUGAGCUCGAAUGCGGAUGAGGCAUGGCGUCGCAGGACAUGGCACCCGGAUUCGAACAACUUCCAGAACAACAAUGCCGCAAACCCGUCUAGUCGUCUUAACAACGUGAUGACUCCGUCUCAGGCCCAGAGCCCGGCGCCAGGUCCUCCCCCCAUUGCCACCCCUGGAGGGGCCCAAAAUUACGGUGUGCGACUCCCUGGAAUCGAGUCCUUCGAUCCCAUCCCUCACCGUCCAGUCUCACCGCCGCGAAGAGACCACUCUCCGAUGAUGGUAGAUUCGGGUAACGGACACCCAGCUACUCUGCUGCCUCCCGCGGAUAAUCUUGCGGACGAGCGACGCGACACAGUCUCGUGGGAUAUGGGCCUUCACCGUGGUUUGACUCGUCUCGACAUCACGCAGAAUCGGCACACCCCACCUCGCGAUGGUGCCGGCUCCUGGGCUCGGGACACAAACAUGGCGAUGAGCGCCGAGGCAGACCGAGCCCGCACAUAUUUGCCUUCCGUCAGGCCUGGCGAGCCUGCAGUUGUCGUCAAUGGCCCGUCUAUGAUGACUGGCGGUGGUCCCAGCAGAGGUUACCAUCAGCAUACCAUGUCGGCUCCUUCCAUCGCCAGUACUCGGGAGAAGCGCCGUGGUUGGUACAACGGACCUGUCACCGUACACAGUGACGGACCGGCAGAAAAGAUUGCGCGUGUCGAGCGCAUGGUUCACCCUAAUGUCCACGCGUUCUCUGGGUUUCCGGCGAGGGAAGCGCCUCCUCCACCAGCCACGAUCCCGGAAGAUGCGGCUGAGCGGGACAACAUGCACCGACUCCAGGCUCUUGUUGCCGUCGCGACGGGCGAGGGCAAUGCAACGGCGGCGUACUAG